AUGGCAUUUAGAGGAGGAGGGCGAGGGCGAAGGCGUGGAUUUGGAGGUGGUUCUGGUUGUGGAUUUGCCAAAGAGGAGCCAUUUGAGUUUUUUCCUGAAAUCGAACUUCCUAAGGUCCCAACUAUGACUAAGGAGCAAGAGGCCCUAGUAAUUGAGCAAAGAAGGCUAGAAAACUUUUGGAAAACUUCUCCCUAUUUUCUUGAGGAAUCCAUUUCCAAAGAGAGUAUAUUUUCUGACAGUUUUCACAAAAAGAGCCAAGGUGUAGAUAUAGAGAGAUAUUCUGACCGCAAAAGGCCAAACAACAGAAUAGUCCGCGAUUCACUUGGCCAAUAUUUAGUGCUCAGUAGAUUUCCUAAGGAACUCGUUGAGGAUUCGAAAGGGAAACAACCAAGCAGAAAAAGAGCUCGAUGGAAUUUAGACUCGGAGCUGCAGAAGUUAGAUGUUUUUGAGAAGCUUGAACAAAUGGCCGAGGGCGAAGGGGAGGAUACAAAGGACAAGAAAGGAGGCGAAGAUGGGGAUGAAGAUGAAGACGAGGAAGAAGGCGUUAAAGAAGAAUCUAGUGAUACUGAUGGUGAUUACAAGCAGAACAUAGAUUUCGAUGACGAUGAAGAUGACUAUAUUGAUGGCAAUGGGGAUGGUGGUGAUGAUGAAGGUUUUUAUUAA